CUGGCUGCCUUCGCGCCCGGGUUCAGUGCGUUUCAGUAUCUUAAAGUAUCUUGUAUCUUGAAGUUCGCUCUCGCCGUUUCGCAGCCCGCGUCGUGCAGAUACAGAUACAUUUCUGGAUUAAAGCUAAUUCGUUUUUGAUUGCCGCCAAGGGGGGGAUCGCCAAUGGACCGAAUGGAGAGAGCCAGCUGCUAGCUGCUGUUGAUUCUCAGUGCCGAGAAGGAAACCGAAUACCACCAGCUGGAUACAAACAUCCUCGCAACAGCGGCGCACAGGGCACACGAUCGCAUCGAAUCGAAGGAUCAAACAAAGGACUCGUGCCACAUUGCCAGACAAGGGGGUUGAUGAUAGCAGCGCCUCCUAAAGAAUUCCAGCCCAUGCGGUCGGGGGUCGAGACAAAGUGAUCCUGCCGAAGGACACCGUCGAACUCUUAUCAGCCAUGCAUGGCAGAGGGUUGAAAACGGGAACUCGGUUCUUAUCUUAAAGCUCCGGAGGAGGGUGACAACCAAAUCGAGCAGAUGUGCAAACAACACGGAGCACCGCCGAUGACGGAUGACUGACGAAAAGCCAGCAAUUACACCUUGAGCGAUCACAGGGGAGGGGGUAGUAGCACAGCCAAACAAAAAAGGAUCAUCAGGCGCGUGCCCGGCACACUCGGAUUUCGUAGCUAAAAUUGGGCUGGGCAAGUCUCGGCUUGGCACUCAGAUUCCAAUCACAAAUUCGAACAAAUAACAAAAUUUGAUGUGGAAUAAUGUCGGUGGAUAAAAGUUUGGGAAUUCUAGACUUCAGUUUGGCUAACGAGAGAGCGGCGAAAGCGGCGCUGGGAGUCGACAAAACAGAAGGAGCAGCAGCACUAAUCACAUACCACAAAACCACUGGCAAGGAGAACGAUCCGGAGCCCGUGCUUCUACCGGAUUCUGAGCCCGUCACCGAUCUUGAUCUCGAUACGGAGCACCUGGGAAGGGGCAACAUUCUGACAACGGGUGCAUCCGCCCAGCCAGCCACGCCCACCGCCGCCGCUGUUGUUGCGCCCACUCCUGCCACGGUCUCACCAAAGUCUGGCCAGGAUGUGGGCGACGGUGGCUGUCAGAGUCAGCCGCUGAGCAACACAGAACUUAAAUUCCAGUCGUAUGUGAACGGAAAUGGGAAUGGCGUCUACAAGAUCAUUAAGACACUCGGCAAGGGCAACUUUGCGAAGGUCAAGCUGGCGCUGCAUGUGCCCACCGGGCGGGAGGUGGCCAUCAAGGUCAUCGACAAGACGCAGCUGAACACCAGUGCCCGGCAGAAGUUGUACCGGGAGGUGCGAAUCAUGAAGCUGCUUAACCAUCCGAACAUAGUACGCCUCUUUCAGGUGAUCGAGUCGGAACGGACGCUAUACCUGGUGAUGGAGUACGCCAGCCGGGGAGAGCUCUUCGACCACCUUGUCAAGAAUGGCCGGAUGCGGGAGCGGGACGCCAGGGUGAUCUUCCGCCAGCUGGUCUCAGCCAUUCAGUACUGUCACAGUAAGUUCGUGGUCCACCGUGACCUGAAGGCUGAAAAUCUGCUGCUCGACCAACACAUGAACAUUAAGAUCGCGGACUUUGGCUUUGGCAACACCUUCGACCCGAACGCCCAGCUGGAGACGUUCUGUGGCAGCCCGCCGUAUGCGGCACCGGAACUUUUCAUGGGCAGAAAGUACGCGGGACCGGAAGUGGACGCCUGGUCCUUGGGUGUGGUCCUGUACACCCUCGUCAGCGGAUCCCUGCCUUUCGAUGGCGGCACGCUGAAGGAGUUGCGAGAACGUGUCCUGCGUGGCAAGUACCGGGUUCCCUACUACAUUUCCAUGGAUUGCGAGAAUCUGAUGCGCAAAUUCCUGGUCCUAAAUCCCGCCAAGCGUACCUCGCUCACCGCCGUCAUGUCGGACAAGUGGAUCAAUCUGGGGCACGACGAGAACGACCGGCUGAGGGCCUACCGUGAGAGACCCAUGGAGCUGCAGGACCCCGCCCGCAUGGAUCUUCUGGUGAGCAUGGGCCACAAGCGUCGCGACGUGGAGCAGUCCGUGAAGGGACAGCUCUUCGAUGACAUCUACUGCACCUACAUGCUCCUGGGUGUGGCCAAGCCCCGCUCAUCCGGUAACCGGAUGACCAAAGCGGAGCUGGCUGCCGCAGAGAUGGGAACUCCGCCGGUCACUCCACCGGUGAGUCAGCCCACAAUAACCACGCCCACAGUGACCAUAGCCCAAGUGACACUGGCUCUGGACACCAAGAAUGGAGCUCCGACGGCAGCUGCGACUCGUUCAAUCGUUCCGCGUCUUCCAAAUCCCAUGGCCACGCCCACCUCAACUCCUUCGCCAGGACCUCCCGCCAAACCCACCCGCCGCACACCCGCCCGCAAGACAACGAACACACCAGCACGCCCGGAGCCCACGACGCCGCAGACCAAGCGGGGAGGAGCAGGUGCGGAUGUGAAGCCAACUCUGCUAAGUGCCCAACGUCAAAUGGCCCAAACGCAGAAGAUGGCCAACACGCCGACUAGGUUUAGUUACGCCAACGCACAGACCCCGCAGGCCAACCUGAGUUCCCGGCGACCCACAACUCUGUACGAAAAGGGCGAGUCGGCGACGGCCACGCCUCUUUUGGUUCCGAAAUCCCCGGCGAUUGGGGGGCGACUGAUGGAGCGGAUUCCUGGAGCGGGCGCCGCUGUGGCGGAAAAGUCUUCCGAUAAGCCCUUCACACGACACAAUGUGGCGCGGGCCACCUUCCAUUUCGGCCAAGGACGCAACGGCAAGAGGGGCGCCAACGGCGUGGGCGGCACAGGAGGAGGUGUAGGAGCUGGGGAGGAGGACGGCUACCAUCAUACACCGCCGCUGUCCGCCGACGAUACGAAGCCCGCCUCACGGGUGGGCUUCUUCUCGAAGUUGACGGCGCGAUUUGGGCGGCGGGUGAUCCACCUGAACGAGAAGGACGUCGCUGAUCAGCGGAAGAAUCUCACCAAAUAGCCAGGAUCGGAAGACCCAGCUCUUGCUCCAUUGAAGAGCGGCGAUCAAUCCCCGAGGAUCGUUGCUAGUUUGCCUAGUUGGUAUAUUUUAUGACAGCGACUAAAAUUUAGUAUAAUAAAUGUUGACUUAAAAUGUGUUA